AUGUCUAUCGGUAAAUUAUUAACUCCAAACAAAGCAUUGGCUAUUGGCGGUGUCUGCUACGGUGCUUGGGCAGUAUGGAUGGCGCAAAACUACUUCAAAAACUCGUCAAUGAGGAAAAUCUAUGUCACUGCUGAUGAAAAGUACAGAGAUGUGCAUCCAAUGAGACACAUUCAAUACGACGGAAACUUGCAACUUGAAAAGUAA